AAGUAAAGCUUUCGCUACAGAGAAACAUUGGGGAAGACGAAUGUGUCUGGGCGACUUUGUUCUCUAUUAAUAGACAGGGAGGCAUUUUGUGCUUGUUCAUGCUACACUGUGUGUGCUAGAUGUACAACAGCCGUGUGGUAAAGCACAUGAGUGUAGAGUAAAGGGGUGGGGGAUUUUCGGGGAGAAAGCGUCGCUUGGGUCAAGAUGUCGAUUCAGUACGAAGCGCUGGCAGACAGCUACGGGGUGGCCGACUCGUUCCCCAAAGAUUUCGGCUAUGGAGAAGAGGAGACCGAUAUGGAGGACAGUCCAGCACCCUCCGACAGCAAGCCGAGGAUACUACUGAUGGGCUUACGAAGGAGCGGGAAGUCCUCCAUUCAGAAGGUCGUGUUUCAUAAGAUGUCCCCCAAUGAGACCCUGUUUCUGGAGAGCACGAAUAAAAUCUACAAAGACGACAUCUCCAGCAGCUCUUUUGUCAACUUUCAGAUCUGGGAUUUUCCUGGUCAAGUAGACUUUUUUGACCCGACCUUUGAUUAUGAGAUGAUCUUCAGAGGAACCGGAGCAUUGAUAUUUGUCAUUGAUGCACAGGAUGACUACGUGGAGGCUCUCGGCAGACUCCAUUUAACGGUAUCUCGGGCCUAUCGCGUUAACCCUGAAAUCAACUUUGAAGUGUUCAUCCAUAAAGUUGACGGCCUAUCUGACGACCACAAAAUUGAGACACAGAGGGAUAUUCACCAGAGGGCUAAUGAUGACCUGGCUGAUGCCAGCUUGGAGAAACUGCAUCUUAGCUUCUAUUUGACAAGUAUCUAUGACCACUCUAUAUUUGAGGCAUUCAGUAAAGUGGUUCAGAAGCUCAUCCCCCAGCUGCCCACCUUGGAGAACCUUCUCAACAUUUUUAUUUCUAAUUCAGGGAUUGAAAAGGCUUUCCUGUUUGACGUGGUUAGUAAGAUCUACAUAGCCACAGACAGUUCACCGGUGGACAUGCAGUCCUAUGAGCUGUGCUGUGACAUGAUUGAUGUGGUCAUUGACGUGUCGUGCAUCUAUGGAUUAAAGGAAGAUGGCAGUGGCAGUGCGUAUGACAAGGAGUCAAUGGCAAUCAUUAAACUCAAUAACACCACUGUCCUCUACCUGAAAGAAGUUACCAAGUUUCUUGCCCUUGUCUGUAUUCUUAGAGAAGAGAGCUUUGAGCGCAAAGGCUUAAUAGACUACAAUUUCCACUGUUUCCGGAAAGCGAUUCAUGAAGUGUUUGAAGUUGGUCUGUCUACACCGAGGAUGGGAGCCCAGGCAGCUGGAACGCCCUGCUUGAUGAAGACGGUGGCACUGAAUGGCACCCCCCGGAGCACCGUGUAGAGAAUGCAUAGAUGAGAGGCGGAAAAGAAUAGAGAGGAAGAGGGAGUCAGUGGAAAAAGACAGAAAGACAAUAAAUGGGAGGCGCACUGCCAUGCCAACCAUUCUGCCUGCUCCCAAAUGCCUUAUACACAGAGCAAAGGACUCUAAAGCCUCUGAAAGAAAACACAGAGCAAUGGGGUGGAUGUUUGCAGCAUAACGGGGUAAGCAAUAGGACAGAAGGGAAGAUGCACAAAGAGAUAGCCCUUUGUGUGUUAUUAAAUGGCAUUAACAAACUGGUUUAAAAGAAUAAUUCUAGACCGCAAUCAAAUGACAAGUAAUGCAAGCCGAGGGGAACACAGUGUGGCCCUCUCUGCACAUAAAGCCUUCACACACUGAUCGCUACCUGAGCAACAGAAGCUGAAUGAACCCUGUACUGUUUUACUCCUGGCCUCAUGAGCUGAUUCUACAAAGCAUCCGGUUUAAUCCGACGGCAGAAAUUGUGACGGUACUUGCUAAUGGCCACCGAACGGCGAGCCCAAGCUGGCUGCGUGUACACAACAAUGCUUGUGAAGCCUUAUAUAGAGGAGACUUGCCUGAUGCAAGUACCUGCUUACAAUAUUUACCUAAUCCUAUUUCCUAAGCUGUUGCUUUUUUAAAGGUUUUCCAGGGAGUGUGAAAAGGGAUUAAAUUGCAUUGUGUAGCCUGUUUGUGUGUGAAGUAGGAGGUGCGCACGCGUGUAUGUGUAUUUAUGUAUGUGCGUUCCUUUCCUGCCUGUUGAGGCUCACAGGGAUGUUGUGACCUCACACACAGGGCUGCACAGUUGUAACAAAACAAUAAUUGUAUUUUUUAAAAUUAUAAUUAAUUGAAAUAAACAGUUAUUAUUGUCUCCAGA